GUUCCAGUCAGUAGCCUAGUUCACUAGCUCCAAAAAUCUUAGACAUGGAUGACCCCCAAACAAAAUGGCUUCUUGCACAUUAGAAGAAAUAUCACGUCGGCAUUUCACGUGCAGCCUAACAGAAGGUCUCUCCUCAUUCUUCAGAGUGGUGUUGCUCAGUUCUGUGCAUAUGGAGACAACCUUGACAUCGAUUACACAUAUCUUGCCCUUUUUCUUGAGUCACAUCUUGCCAAAAUGAAAGAAAAAUCAGACGCAGGGACUUGUAAGAAAAGUCCAAAUGUCGAUGCCUGUGGUUCGGUGACGGAGGAUUCAGGCGUCAGGGGGUCUGAGGACGAAAACCAAGACGAACCUAGUUCAAAUGACAUAUCCAAGAGACAAGAGGACUCUGAUAAACCGCCUACCGGGACCAGCAUCCUCAACGGCGAUGCCAAGGGAACAGCUUACGCCCACCAUCUAAAAAAGGAAGUACCAGUGAUUGAACUCACCAGGAGGGAUGAUAUAAAAGGAAGAAACCACUGGACAGAGCAGCAUAAGGUGCAGACAACGGAACUGUGCAGGCCACCUAUUUCUUUGCCCCUGCCGCACCGAGACGCACCAAACGACACUCGAAUGGUUCAGCUGAGCCCUACCGCUUUUCCUCUCCCGGCAAGAGCGAUGCUCUACAAUAACGUUACGCAGUCGCUCGCCACAAUUAACAGUGCCUUUGGCGGUGAGUUGGAGCAGUAUGGAAUGUAUCCUGGUAGCAGGGUAAAGCGCAGACCCGCGCCUUACGAGGUUGAACUCGACGAGGCUGGGGAGCCGAAGAUCGUGCGGCGCAUUUUCACCAACAGCCGCGAACGCUGGCGCCAGCAAAACGUGAACGGGGCGUUCGCCGAGCUCCGCAAGCUCCUCCCGACCCACCCGCCCGACAAGAAGCUGAGCAAGAACGAGAUCCUGCGCCUGGCCAUGAAGUACAUCAACUUCCUCACCAAGCUCCUCAACGACCAGGACGGCGGCGGCGAGGGCAUCGUGAUGACGGGCACCGACGAAGACGACGCCCACGAAAUUUCGGCUGUCGGUCAGGGUCGGGGAGUGGGGGUGGUGGUGGCCAACCGUGGGGGGGACGGAGCCGGCGGGGGGCUCGUCAGAGAGGAUCUGCUGCUGCAGGACGCGCUGUCCCCUGGCUCCAGCUGCGGCAGCCUGCUGGACGGAGACGGCAGCUCGGAGGGGUACGCCGAAGAGCAGGACUCGCCUCCUGCCCAGCCCGCGCUGCUGAGCAGGGGAGGGCAGCACCCGCACUCCGCACGGACACACGACGGCCAGGGCCAGCGAUGAUGCCAGCGGGGCCUUGAGACCACUGGAGACACACAUACUGGAUACCAACUGAUAUGUGAAGGAUGAGCAGUUUUUACUCACUAAGUCAGUCAAGCUGUCCUUAAAAUCCUAAAGUUCAUUUCCCAUCUGAGAUCACCUAGCACUCAUGUAUAUUGAGUUGAAAAAAAGUCUGAUCCUACUGGUGGGAUGCCAAGGCCACACAAGGCAGUCCUGUCUGACAUCAGCAUUUCCAUGACACCUGUACAUUUGGCCCUCUCCAUCAUCUUAGCCCACACGAUGCGUCUGGCAGAGCAACCUAAUGGCUGUACCAUUCACACUACACAGCAAACACCAAGACCUAUUAGAAGCUUUUGUGCAAUUGAUGCCAUAGGAUCAUUUCCACAAGGCCAGACAAGGUUCGCAACUUUGAAGAUUGAAACAGUGCCAACUACAACUGGCAUCAUAGUUACAGUACAGCAAUAUAACGGAAAGUAGCUGUAUAUUUAGUGCAUUUCAUGAUGGCUGCCUGCCAUCCCACAACAUCAUGAGGGUAGAGCUAAGAGGUUGCUGGGUUGUUUGGAGGUCUUAUGACGAAAAACAUCAUUGUUAAUGUCACCUAAUCAGUCCUUAGUAUACCAAAAGUAUACCAAAAGUUAAACAAAUUGUCUUUAGAUGACUCCUAACAUUUCAGUUUUUAUAUAAUUUUAUGCCGGUAUAUUUUUUGUUAGUCUGCUCUGCACCCAGCAUUAUAUUGAUCUGGUAGUUAGUACAAUAUGUUUUCAGUAAAUAAACAAUGCCUAGCUGGCAUGGUACCAAUCAAUCUGCAAUGCAGCAGAUUCGACCGUAAGCUUCUAAUUUGAUUGUGAAAAUCAGGCGGCUGACACAAGGACGGAUCUUCAGAUCCAGUUGAAGUUGAACGGAAGCAAAAACAACAGAAUAAAUGAUCAAAAUACACACAUCAUAGCAUCGAUAUACAAUAAGUCAACACUAUGAGAGCCAAUGUGCACCUUUCUGUUUCUGUUACAUGUGUCGAUACACAAGGGCCACAGUGUGAAUAGAAGUGGAAUAUGCAUCGGUUUAGAUACAGCUUUUUGUUCUUUCACUUGGCACUAUCACGUACAUUGCUGCAUACUUACACAUGUGGCACAAUUAUUGAUCUAAUGAUGAAAUAAUAUAUUCACAAACAAACAUACAGCCAGCCUGGACACCCUAUUAUUAUUCAGAUAUAACCAGGGAUAUGUAGGGAUGGUCUUCCAUAUCUCUGUAUACGGGGCUUAUAUUAUGGCUUUUUUUUUUUUGCGUUGCCAAAUUGUUGUGCUAGAUAUUUGUUGGGGUUGUUUGCAGGUCUUAUUUCAGGUGCGCAUGAGCAAUCCAGGAACAGACGUCUGCCGAAGUGGUGGCCCCAGAGAGAAAGAGCUAUAGCAGCCAUAUUUGUUUUGUCUAGCAGUAGUCAUGCCUUCACUGUGCAUUCAUACACAGUUUGGCACAUGCUUUGUUUUUGUCAUUGCCUUUUGAGCAUCACUAAUCACAUGAGUCCCAUUUACCAUAAUCACCCAUCUUUGAUUCACAAUACAGCUUUGAAAUGUGUGUGAGUCCGGAUUAAAUAGGUACCACCAUUUUAUUUUGAACACCAGAAAGGUACAAAAACACACAUCACCACACCACCAUCUGUAAAUUAGAAAAAUAUGUCACUGUAACAAGACUACAACCUCGGUUGUGGCUUCAUGCCAGAUUCUAAUGUACUAUGUAGUGAGAAUGUACAGUAUGAUGUUGAAACGUCUAUUCCAUGUUUUAGUGAUUUGUGUAGGCAUAUCCUUUUUUUCGUCCAGGCAAAUAAUACAAACAUAUGUGGGUGCUUUCCAAAUUAUAUUACAUGUAAAUAUUUUUUCAAUGUAUUCAAUUCAGUGGACUAUACAGUUACCCACAAGGAAAUUUGGAGAAGAAAAAAUGGGGCUCACAGAAAGUACAGGUCCUGUUGUAGAUAUACCGGGAGUCAAGAUUUCUCCUUUUUCUUUCAAUUUCAGGACUCUGGAUAGGGACAUUUUUUUUUCCUGUACCACUUGCUAUCACCCUCCCCCCCCCAUGAUUCCUGACUCUUUACUGUAUAAUUAUUAUAUCAUACAAAUCUAUAAAUCAUUGGAUAUUAAAAGAGCAAGGAUGCUUUGUAAUGACCUGUAAGGUACAGCGAGGAGGUCAAAAGAGAAAUGUAGAUUUUUUAUUUUCAUAUUAGUGUACAUGUAUUAGAUGGUACAUUCCUCCUAUUUACACGUUCCUAAAUAUUUUCUCUUGAUGAUUGUGGUAUUUCUUUACACCUCUUUGUAGUCAAUUUACCCUAGGUACACAGCAGCAUACUUUUAUGUUUUACACUGGAGGUUCUCUCAGUUUUGUAAUAAAUAUAUAAAUAAACAAC